UAAAAGGAAGGAGUUUUCCCUCCAGUGGCCUCUAGGCGGUGUGAUUUCCUUCAGCACUUUCUUUGUUUUUCCCAUCUCUCGCCCGUUGCCAGUGAUCUCUAUCAUAUACGGUGGCUGACAAUUUUUUUUAAACAUUUUUAUGAUGGCGGAGGACAGUGAAUCCGCGGCCAGUCAGCAGAGUCUGGAACUAGACGACCAGGAUACCUGCGGGAUAGACGGAGAUAACGAAGAGGAGAAUGAGCAUAUGCAAGGGAGUCCAGGGGGCGAUUUGGGAGCCAAGAGGAAGAAGAAGAAGCAGAAGAGGAAGAAAGAGAAGCCAAGCUCGGGGGGCGCCAAGUCCGACUCUGCCUCUGACUCUCAGGAGAUAAAAAACCCUGGCUUGCCCAUUCAGAAGCUGCAGGACAUCCAAAGAGCCAUGGAGCUGUUGUCCUGCCAGGGUCCAGCGAAGAGCAUCGAUGAAGCAGCCAAGCACAAGUACCAGUUCUGGGACACCCAGCCUGUGCCGAAGCUAAAUGAGGUGGUGACCAGUCACGGACCGAUAGAAGCAGAUAAAGAAAACAUCAGACAGGAGCCAUAUUCCUUACCUCAAGGCUUUAUGUGGGACACUCUGGAUCUCAGCAAUGCAGACGUACUGAAGGAGUUGUACACAUUGUUAAAUGAAAACUAUGUGGAGGACGACGACAACAUGUUCAGAUUUGAUUAUUCACCUAACUUUCUCAAAUGGGCUCUGCGUCCACCCGGCUGGUUGCCACAGUGGCAUUGUGGCGUGAGAGUGUCCUCGAAUAAGAAGCUUGUUGGCUUCAUCAGUGCCAUCCCUGCAGAUAUACGCAUCUAUGACACACUGAAAAAGAUGGUUGAAAUCAACUUCCUCUGUGUCCAUAAGAAGCUGCGGUCAAAGCGGGUUGCUCCGGUGCUAAUAAGAGAGAUCACACGGAGAGUGAACAUAGAAGGAAUAUUUCAGGCAGUAUAUACAGCAGGAGUUGUACUGCCUAAACCUGUGUCCACAUGCAGGUACUGGCAUCGUUCUCUCAACCCCAGAAAGCUUGUGGAAGUUAAAUUCUCCCACCUGAGCAGAAACAUGACCCUGCAAAGAACCAUGAAACUCUACAGACUACCAGAUAGCACCAAGACCACAGGUCUGCGGCCGAUGGAGAGGCGUGACAUUCGCCAGGUCACAGAGCUGCUACAGAAAUUCCUGAGACGUUUUCAGCUUGCACCUUCUAUGGGAGAAGAGGAGGUGGCUCACUGGUUCUUCCCACAGGACAACAUCAUUGAUACAUUUGUCGUGGAGGGUGCCGGUGGCUUACUGACAGAUUUUGUUAGUUUCUACACUCUGCCCUCGACUGUGAUGCAUCACCCUCUCCAUAGGAGCCUGAAGGCAGCGUACUCUUUUUACAACGUUCAUACACAAACCCCACUGCUGGACUUAAUGAAUGAUGCACUGAUCCUGGCCAAGCUGAAAGGUUUUGAUGUGUUCAAUGCCUUGGAUCUAAUGGAGAAUAAGGUGUUCCUGGAGAAGCUCAAGUUUGGAAUAGGAGAUGGAAAUCUGCAGUAUUACCUCUACAACUGGAAAUGUCCCGCUAUGGACCCUGAUAAGGUUGGCCUUGUCCUUCAGUAGCAGGUCUCUUCACCGCUGCUACUCAAUUACUGAUCAAGAGGCCGUUGGCAACUUCUGCCUAUUCCUUACCUGGACAUACAGGUAGCCCAAGCUGGACAAUGAGAACUACAGUAGUAAAACCAACCUGGAGACUGGGAGACGAUUCAAGAACAUUCUCAGUUCACCUGGAGGGAAAAACUCUUACAUCAACAUCCUGAAUGUGAAGUCAUGCUAUGCCUGAGAUACUCAAACAGUACAACGCUCCUGCCAUGCACACUCACAUUUAAAACAUACUAGUUUGACAUAUAAGAGGAUGCCUUGACAUUGUCAAUUUUGUUUAGUUCUUCGUCCUCAGCAGACAUGCUGUUACAAGGGACUGGCAUGUCAUUAAUUUCCCUGACAUUGAACUACAUAGAUAAUAAUCAACCAGUAAACAUGACCACAAUA